CUGUUAAUGCUGAUAUCGCUUCUGCUGCUGCUUCUGCUGCUUCUGCUGCUGCUGAUGCUGUUGAUGCGGGCGGACGUUCUCUCUCUUGUAUAGCAUCACCCACAACUUACGGACCGUAAGCGCUUCAGUGGAAUCUCUUUUUACCAAAAAGUAGAGAAAAAAAACUUACAAAAAAAAGCACAUCUCAAACACACACAUACACAUACACACACACGUAAGUGACCUUAUCCGAAAUACUAACCCUUUAAACUGGGAUAGUUGUAGUAGUAAUAAGAAAAUUAUUAUUACUAUCAUUAUUACUACUACUAAUAUUAACAAUAAGUGGAAAUUGCGAACAAGGAUUUCUUAGUUCGGUCUAAUUUAUUUGUUUCGUUCUUGGAGAUUUGAUUUUUAACAUCUGUAUUCAAGUUGCUGUGCCAUUCUGCUGUUGCACAGUGCUGAAUUUUAGCUUCAGCCUUCAAACCCCUGAAGAUAGUAGCAUAAUAUUAUACAACCUACCAUGAAUUUGUUGGAGAUUCUCCUGCUGUUCUGCGGCUUUUUCUCUGCCCUUAUAGUUUCUGGAGUAUCCAGUCAAGACGUGACUAUAAGCGUGGAGCCAAACAAACCUUCAUUGUCGGGACCAAUUUUUAUCAACUGCACGACCGAUGUCGCGUCUAAGAAAAUACAGAGUUUCUCCAUAUAUCGCGGUAAAGAGGAAAUAUUGACUUUCGACCCUGCAAGCAGACCCCGAGUCCAAUGGUCAGACGAAUCCUUGAAACAACACUUUACAUUCUACAAAGCUCUAAAAAAGCAGACAAUUCUCAGUUUGGAAGUGAAGAACCCACUAUGCACCGACCAAAACGUUUACAAAUGCGUACUUGUUGUGAAAAACAAAGAGCCCAAAGAAGAUCAAAAGAGAGUCGACUUUUACGUGCCUGGCCAAAAUCCUAAAGACGUAACACUUAUGAUCAAAGGAACGCCUCAGGUCGGAGAAGAGCUGGAAUUAAACUGCACUGGCAAAAUUACAACGGUUCCUGGCCACUCAAUUGUCAUUUAUAAAAGAACUAAAAUGAACAGCGAUUUCACAAAACUAAUGGCUGGAGUUAUCGACGAAAAAUCGGUUGAACUGGAUGAUUGCAUGAUUAUGGUAACUAAACUGUUUAGUUAUAAACCAACCCAGGAGGACAAAGGACUCGAAUUGAUGUGUAGAAUCACAGCAGAUGAUGGAAAAUCAAGUGAUGCUAUGCAAGUCAUCGAUGUGCAAGGACUGUUUAUUGUACCUACAGGUAUUACUCCUGACCACGUUCCUGAUGACGACAACGAUGACAUGGAUAAGACCGAUGAAAUGGACAAUGGUGAUAAAAACACAGAUAUGCCUGAUGAAGCUACUGUCGUGCCGGAACCUAAACCGGAAGGAAAGGACGAUGGUGAAGAACCUACAAGCGAAGGGAAACCUAAAGAAGAAACAGUUGAUAAAGUUAUCGCUAAAAAAGACAAGACCGUUUCCGAAAACAGCUCUGGCAUGUUGCGGGAAUAUUGUUUAUUGGUAUUUGCUACCGCUCUUCUUGUUAUGGUGUAAUAACCCCACACCGCUCCCAAGUGAGUCUCCCUAUCAUACAUGGUUGGGAUAAAAUGUCGAGGUAUAUUUGACUUUCACUUUCUGAAGUGGACAAAUUUCAAUCAACCGACAAAAACAAUAACAACAUUAUUUUUAGGGUUUUUUCUAAUUAUUUUUAUUUGUUUGUUUUCGUUAUUUUUUUUUUUUUAAUUUCUGACCCAAAUAAAAAUGUCAAAACUC